AUGACUGUGCCCGAAAACAACGACUCGUAUCUUCUGCAAUCCAAUGUCACCCAGAGAAGCUUGAUGGCUGUGGGUGGUAAAGGAACAAACAUCUUCAUUGAGGAACCUGGAUCUGGUGACAGAAAAACCCUAAUCGAUGGUUGCACGGGUGCUGCUGUCGGAGCAUUGGGACACGGCGAUGCCGAUAUCGUCAAGGAGAUUGUUGAUGCGUCCACCGAGUGUGUGUAUACCUUCCCUUCGACUGUCUGCAACUACUACGCAGAAGACUUGGCCAAGUUUAUCAUUGACAACUCUCCAAAAAAUGCGUACUCCGCUGCGGUGUUCGUUGGUUCCGGAUCCGAGGCCAAUGAAAACGCAAUGAGAAUUGCAAGACAGUACUUUUUGGAAAAGGGAGACACCGACAGAGUCAAGUUCAUCUCCAGAGACCAGUCGUACCACGGCUUCACCACCGGCUGUUUGGGAAUUGGUGGAGGCAGGAGAUUCGACCCUUAUCGUCCGAUCUGUCAGCCUCUUGACCAUGUCCCAAAGGCGACUCCUUGCAACCCUUACCACAAUAAGAAGAAUGGAGAGACUUUGGAGCAGUACAAGGACAGAUUGUUGGAGGAGCUGGACGAGACUUUCCAAAAAGCCGGCCCAUCAACGGUUGCAGGUGCUUUCCUUGAGACUGUGAGCGGAUCUUCUUUGGCUUGCCAGACUCCUGUUCCUGGAUACUUGGAAGGAGCCCGUGCUAUCUGCCACAAGUACGGGGCCCUGUACAUCAGUGAUGAGGUAAUGUGCGGUAUGGGCAGAUGUGGCACGUACCAUGCUUGGCAACAAUUUUUGCCUGAGGGUCAGUAUCCAGACAUCCAAACGAUCGGCAAGACACUUGGAUCUGGGUUCGUCACCAUUGCAGGAGUCCUGGUGUCUCCAAAGGUCAAGAAUGCCAUUGCUUCUGGUUCGAAAACCAUUCCUGGAGCCCAGACGUACCACUGCCACUCUUUCAACUGUCGGAUUGCACUGGCAGUGCAAAAGAAAGUCAAGGAGCAAAGUCUUGUGGAGAACUCUUUCAAGAUGGGAGAGUAUCUUGCGGAGAAGCUGGAGUCCGCAAUUGGUUCCCACAAGUACGUUGGAGAUUUAAGGGGUGCUGGAUUGUUCCGCGGAAUCGAGUUUGUCAAAGACAAAACCACCAAGACUCCAUUUGAUCCGUCUGUGACCUUUGCUAAGAGGUUCAUGAACACCUGUUACAAGAAUGGGUUGACUGUGAUGGGUAACCAGGGCAGUGUUGAUGGAAUCAAGGGAGACAUUUCUCUUAUUUGUCCAGCUUACAUUCUGGACAAAGCAGUUGUGGAUGGAAUUGUUGAGAUUGUUUCCAAGUCUCUGGACGAGUUGACCCUGGAGGUUGACGCAGAAUGA